CGGCCCUCCCGUGCCCGCGGCACCGUCCUGCCAGGGGAAGAGCCGCUCGUCGGCCGGCGCCCGCGGCGGGGAGGAAGGGCUCGCCGAGCCGCCGCCGGGCUGAGGGGCUGCCUGGCCGCCCAGCCCCGGCCGUGGUCGGGGCGCUUCGCUCGCAGCCUCCCGGAGCCCGCAGAGCCUUCAGCCGGCCCUCGGAAGGGCCCCUCUGGCCGAGUAUUGCAGAGAAAGAAAACAUGGCAAGCACUGCUAUUGAAAAGAAAGAAGUCACUAGAGAUCUAGACCACUGUGAUAUUCCAUACUAUGUUUCUGAAUUUGUGGAAAGAGAACUUGGAAAUGACUAUGAUUCCCUGGGGAAGCUAGACAGCCUGAUUGAAAAGCUAUCUGAAAACAAGAAGCACUUAGAAGAACAGGUGCUAACAGUUUCGUCAGAAGUCCCUAAAAGAAUUCAGAAUGCCUUGAAGAAUGCAGAAGAUUCCAAAAACUCUCUGAGUCAGCUUCUAGAGGAAGAAAGUGUUCUGUCUGAGUCCAUCAAUAGCCACUUGCUGAAAGCUCAGCCAUGGAUGGAGGAUCUGGAUGUCCUGAUCGGUCAGGUAGAGGAGAUCGAGCGACACCUGGCCUAUCUCAAGUGGAUUUCUUGCAUAGAAGAUCUGAGUGACAGCAUUCAGCAAUAUCUGAUGACCAACAAUGUUCCAGAGGCAGCCAGUACACUGGCAUUUAUGGCAGAACUGGACAUUAAACUUCAGGAGUCAUCUUGUGCUCAUCUUCUUGCUUUUGUGAGAUCCACUGUUAAAUUCUGGCAUAAAAUCCUUAAGGACAAGUUGACAAGUGACUUUGAGGAGGUGCUGGCACAGCUCCGCUGGCCCUUUGUGGGGCCACCUCAGUCCCAGGCAUUUGGCCUUGCUGCACCAGCCAACGCUCCUGAGGUGUACAGUAACUUGGAGGUGCUGUUCUGUCAGCUUCUGAAACUGCAAACCUCAGAUGAGCUGUUGACCAAACCUAAACAAUUGCCAGAAAAGUAUCCUUUACCCCCUUCACCACCAAUUGUCCUUCCAAUACAGAUCAUGCUGAAUCCUCUUCAGAAAAGAUUCAAGUAUCAUUUCACUGGAAAUAAACAAACCAAUGUUCUUAACAAGCCUGAGUGGUAUUUAACACAAGUACUUAUGUGGAUUGGAAAUCAUUCAAAGUUCCUUGAUGACAAAAUCCAGCCAAUACUGGAAAAGGCAGGAUCUUCACUGAAUGCUGGGCUUGAAUUCUCUCGUGCUCUAGUAAUGCUGAUUUUGGAGAAGCUGGCAGCUGAUAUUCCCUGCCUGUUGUAUGAUGAUACACUCUUUUGUCACCUUGUGGAUGAGGUACUUCUAUUUGAGAGAGAGUUAUACAGCGUUCAUGGUUAUCUCAGCAGCUUUCCCAGUUGCAUGCAUAUUCUCUCAGAAGAAUCCUGCUUCCAAAGGUGGCUAACAGUGGAAAAAAAAUUUGCUCUUCAGAAAAUGGACUCUAUGCUUUCAUCAGAGGCUGCAUGGAUAUCACAGUACAAAGAUAUCACUGAUGUAGAUGAAAUGAAAGUUCCAGACUGUGCUGAAACUUUUAUGACUCUCUUGUUAGUUAUAACAGACAGGUAUAAGAAUCUUCCAACAGCUUCCAGAAAACUCCAGUUCCUGGGCCUACAGAAGGAGUUAAUUGAUGAUUUCAGGAUACGAUUAACUCAAGUAAUGAAGGAAGAGACAAGAGCUUCCUUAGGAUUCCGAUACUGUGCAAUCCUUAAUGCUGUUAACUAUAUAGCAACAGUGUUGGCAGACUGGGCUGACAAUGUAUUCUUCUUGCAGCUGCAGCAGGCCGAGCUAGAGGUUUGUGCAGAAAGUGAGACGGUGAGCCAGCUCCAGCUGGGACAGCUGGCAUCCAUGGAGAGCUCUGUCUUUGAUGACAUGAUCAACCUCCUGGAGCGCCUGAAGCACGACAUGCUGACCCGACAAGUAGAUCAUGUCUUCAGAGAGGUCAAAGAUGCUGCAAAGCUGUACAAAAAAGAGAGGUGGUUGUCUUUACCCUCUCAAGCAGAGCAAGCAGUGAUGUCUUUGUCAAGCACGGCGUGCCCGAUGUUGCAGACACUGCGAGACCGUUUGCUACAGCUGGAGCAGCAGCUCUGCCACUCGCUGUUUAAAAUCUUCUGGCAAAUGCUCGCAGAGAAGGUGGAUCAGUACAUCUAUCAGGAAAUCAUUAUGGCAAAUCAUUUCAAUGAAGGAGGAGCAGCACAACUCCAGUUUGACAUGAGUCGGAAUUUGUUCCCCUUAUUUUCACACUACUGCAAGAGGCCAGAAAACUACUUCAAGCACAUAAAAGAAGCCUGCAUUAUCCUGAACCUGAAUAUUGGCUCUGCCUUGCUUCUGAAGGAUGUCCUACAGUCAGCUUCAGAAAAUGAACCAUUAAAGCCAAGCCAGCCAUCUGCAACAGCAGCACUAAAUGAACUUGGAGUUUAUAAACUGGCUCAAGGGGAUGUUGAGAUUCUUCUCAAUUUGAGAGCUAGCUGGCCAAAUACAGGAAAAUAAAGACUUUUUCAGAAAUGGUUAAUAACUUGGUCUAGAUUACUUAUUCCAAGCAAAAGGAAAGCAAAUAUCUUGUAAUAUACUUAUUUCUUUCAUUUCUGUAUGCUGAGAGGUUGCUUUAAUCUAAUCUUACACCUUUUCACCAGUUCAAAAAAAAUUCAAAAUGCUACAGACUUGGUGUUGAACUGUGCAGAUCUUAUUUUCCAUGGCCACCUUGCCGCUGCAUUUGGAAGCUAAAACUGUGCUCAUCUCCAAUGAAGAGUCUGCUUUGUCAGUAUUUGCCAUAUCAUUCUAAGGAACACAGAGUAUUUACAGUCUAAAUGGAUUUUUCUGCAACGUGGGCUCCCUAUGAACUGGUCAGUCUUCAGUUAAACACA